GUGGCUUCGUAGGCACCAUGAGGCCGAGCUAUAGACUCUUUGUCUGCCUUCUGCUCUGGGGGAGUCUGGAGCUGUGCAACCCCCGGCCCGUCUGGCAUGAUGAAUCCCAACAUCUCAUGCCAUCGAAGCCACCCGCCGUGAUGGUGGAGUGUCAGGAGGACCAGCUGGUGGUUACUGUCAGCAAAGACCUUUUUGGCACCGGGAAGCUCAUCAGGCCUGCAGACCUUACCCUGGGCCCUGACAACUGUGAGCCGCUGUUCUCUAUGGACACAGAUACCAUGGUCAGGUUUGAGGUUGGGCUGCACGCAUGCGGCAACAGUGUGCAGGUGACCGAGGACGCCCUGGUGUACAGCACCUUCCUGUUCCAUGACCCCCGCCCUGUGGGAAACCUGUCCAUCCUGAGGACUAACCGCGCGGAGGUCCCCAUCGAGUGCCGCUACCCCAGGCAGGGCAACGUGAGCAGCUGGGCCAUCCUGCCCACCUGGGUGCCCUUCAGGACCACGAUGUUCUCGGAGGAGAAGUUGGUUUUCUCUCUGCGCCUGAUGGAGGAGAACUGGAGCACCGAGAAGACGACGCCCACCUUCCAGCUGGGAGACAGAGCCCACCUCCAGGCCCAAGUCCACACCGGCAGCCACGUGCCCCUGCGAGUGUUCGUGGACCACUGUGUGGCCACGCUGACGCCGGACUGGAACACCUCCCCUUAUCACACCAUCGUGGACUUCCACGGUUGUCUCGUGGACGGUCUCACCGACGCCUCAUCUGCUUUCAAAGCACCCAGACCCAGACCAGAGACCCUCCAGUUCACAGUGGAUGUGUUCCACUUUGCUAAUGACUCCAGAAACACGAUAUAUAUCACCUGCCACCUGAAGGUCACUCCGGUUGACCGAAUCCCAGACCAAAUAAGCAAGGCCUGUUCCUUCAGCAAGUCCUCCAAUAGAUGGUCCCCGGUAGAAGGCCCUGUUGAUAUCUGUCGAUGCUGUAACAAGGGGAGCUGUGGCGUAUCAGGCCGUUCCAGGAGACUGCGCCACCUGGAGGGACAGUCUGUUCCCCGCAGUCGCAGGCAUGUGACAGAAGAAGCAGAUGUCACAGUGGGGCCACUGAUCUUCCUGGGGAAGACUAGAGACCACAGUGUGGAAGGGUCUACCUCCUCUCCCCCCUCGGUGAUGCUGGGCUUAGGCCUGGCCACUGUGGUGUCCCUGACUCUGGCCACCAUCGUCCUGGGUUUCACGGGGAAGCGUCGGGCUGCUUCCCACCCCGUGUGCCCUGUGUCUGCUUCCCAAUAAAAAAAGAAAGUGA